CAGGCUGGCGGAACUCCCGCGCUAUCCAGUCGCCUGGUCUCGCCUCGCCUCUCCUCGCCUCUCCUCGCCUCGUUUUUGACCUCGGCAUGGAGGGGGUCCCGGUGGUGACGAUGGUUAAUGCGGGCGCUGCGAAGACGGAGGGAGCUGCAGCCAUGCCACCCCCGCCCCCCGUCUCCCCGCCUGCCCUCACCCCUGCGCCCGCGGUGGGUGAGGAGGGUCCGCCGCCUUUGCCCGAGGCGGGGGCUCCCGGCUGCUCGCGUUCCCGGCCCCCUGAGCUGGAGCCGGAGCGCAGCCUGGGCCGCCUGAGGGGCCGCUUCGAGGAUGAGGACGAGGAGUUGGAGGAGGAUGAGGAGCUGGAAGAAGAGGAGGAGGAGGAGGAGGAGGAGGAGAUGAGCCACUUCUCGCUGAGGCUGGAGGGGGGCCGGCCGGAAUCAGAGGAGGAGGAAGAGCGCCUGAUUAACCUCUCUGAGCUGACGCAAUACAUCUUGUGUUCCAUUUGCAAAGGUUACUUAAUAGAUGCAACUACUAUUACAGAAUGUCUUCAUACAUUUUGUAAAAGCUGCAUUGUAAGACAUUUUUACUAUAGCAACAGAUGUCCAAAAUGCAACAUAGUGGUACAUCAGACACAACCUCUUUACAAUAUAAGGUUGGACCGACAGUUACAAGACAUAGUGUACAAAUUAGUGAUCAAUCUAGAGGAAAGAGAAAAAAAGCAAAUGCAUGAUUUCUAUAAAGAAAGAGGUCUAGAAGUACCUAAACCUGCUGUUCCACAGCCAGUCCCUUCAAGCAAAGGAAGAUCUAAGAAAGUCUUAGAAUCAGUGUUUCGGAUUCCGCCUGAACUUGAUAUGUCUUUAUUGCUAGAGUUCAUUGGUGCUAAUGAAGGCACAGGACAUUUUAAGCCAUUGGAAAAGAAAUUUGUCCGAGUUUCAGGAGAAGCAACUAUUGGGCAUGUAGAAAAAUUCCUCAGAAGGAAAAUGGAUCUUGAUCCAGCUUGUCAGGUAGACAUCAUCUGUGGUGAUCACCUGUUGGAGCGAUAUCAAACUCUAAGGGAAAUUCGACGUGCAAUAGGUGAUGCAGCCAUGCAGGAUGGUCUGCUGGUCCUUCAUUAUGGUCUUGUGGUUUCUCCUCUGAAAAUUACUUGAAAAUUCUAGGCAUGUUAGGAGGAGAGAAAUAAAGAGGCUUCUGCAGGAUCGCGUCCCACCAAAGAUUUCCACAAAACGUAGUUGCUGUUUGAGACAUAACAUCUAUUUUCACACCAAGCAUUAUAACAUGUAUAAGUACAACUUGAACUGAUUAAAUGCAUCCAUUUUACUAGAGACUGUAUAUAAAAAGCAUCCAUAGCUCAGGGGGAAAUUUUCAAAGCAUUGAAUUUUUAAAUUCCUUGUGAUUUUCAAAUACUCUGACACUGAUUUUGCUUCCUAAUCUUUGACGUAAAUCGGUUACUAUUUCCUUCUUCAUUGAGCCAUAUCCCUUUCAAGUUGGUAGUUUGGAUUCUGCUCUCUGGAAUGGUAUCAGUUGGGCAGUCAUCUUUUUGGGAAAGAAGUAUGCUUUUGAACUGAAAAUUCAAAGCCAGUCUUUGUUAAACUACAGACUGUACCUCUCAGACAAAGACCAAAACUAUCAGCCACUUUUGUGUGUUGCCAUCAUUUUUUGAACUUGGAUUCAUUUUUUUUUACUAGCAACACUACUAAAGAGAUGUUAUUCACUUCUAAAAGGGAUGAAUUAUCAUUCUGUGUGAAGAGACUGUCUCCUGCAGGGUUUAUGGCCCAUACCAUAAACCAGUGUAAUAAUAAAGACUUCUUUAACGUAUCUUACAGCAAGGGGUGCCUCUUUGUAACAAUAUUUUUAUUCUGUGAAUGUUAAUUUAUUAAAAUUUAUUAACAUUCAUUUUAUUUGAGUACAUAUUGUGAUUGUUAAUACUUUGUAAUGAUACUGCUUCUGAAAGUAAUAAAAAUUUUGAGAAGGUUACAGAAUA